ACGCAGGCGGGACAGUAGCUCUGCAGCCUCUUACGGAGCGACGAAUCCAACCUGGCCUCACAAACAACAAUUUAGCUCUUGUAAAAGGUGAUUCACCUCCACGCAGGAUCAGCUGCCUGCUCUCCCAGAUAGUUAUUCAUGAAGCGAUUUCUGAUCGUCUUGGCUGUAUUUUCAGUGGUCGGCAUUGCGACUACCCAGAAGUCAUCAUGUCUGAAACGUGCAACAUUUUCUUCUACAAACUUUGAGAAUAUCCUGACAUGGGAAACUGAAGCAGAUAUUCCUCCUGGCACUGUAUUUGACGUCCAAUAUAAACAGUAUGGAGAAAAAUCCUGGCUUAACAAGCGUGAGUGCCAGAGUAUCACACAACUUUUCUGCAAUCUCACUCAUGAAACAGAAAACUUCAUGGAGCAUUACUACGCCAGGGUGAGGGCCACUGGCCAGAACUACUGCUCCUCCAACUGGGUGCGCUCAGAAAGAUUUGAACCCAGGAAAGAGACCGUUAUUGGAGCACCAGAAGUGGAGUACAUUCCUUAUGUACGGUCCAUAAAGUUUCUUAUACACCCCCCCUAUACUCCACUGAGAGGUGAGGAUGACCGCCAGCUAACCAUAGAGGACGUUUAUAGCAAAUUUGGUGCUGUUGAUUAUCACUUAACAAUAUUCAACCAAAGGACACACCAAAAGUGGACAAAGAACGAGCACAACAAAGAAUUUGAAGUUUCCAACUUGGACCCGGACACUGAAUAUAAUGGAACAAUAUAUAUAUAUCUCCUCCAGAGAAGCAGCAAAUCUCAAGUAUUUUGGGUGAAAACACUAGCAGACAACACGUGGCUCCUCUACUGUUUCGUGGCGCUCGCGUUCUGUGCCGGACUGGUGUUUGCUGCCAUUAGUUAUGUCAUCUACAAAUACGUCAAGCAACACGGUGCCCAGCCUAUGUCUUUGGACUUCAGAGGGAUUUCGUCAUUCCAGCCUCUUACGCUGACAGUGGAGCAUAUUAUAAAGCCCAUUAAUUUAUCCAAACCUUCACCUCUCAUCCCUGACGUGCAGUUACCACAGAUCAGCCAAUACUUGCACAGAGCCCUGGAACCACCGUGGCCUUUCUGUCCACCAGAAGCUGCCUAUCAGCAACAGGUGGAUGUCCCAACGUUCCGGCUGCCCACUCAGCCACCCUGCUUGGCCAGCACGGCUCCUGCUGGUUAUGCUCCUCAGGCAGCUGAGCCAAGUGUUCCUACUGCCCCGGCCAGCAACGUUCUGCCCCUAACCUACGGCAUGUGUGUCGAAGGCACAGACCAUGUUGACAAGAAGGGUUUGCAGCCAAGCCAAAUGCUAAAGGAAGUUUCUCCAGAUAGUUUUGUCGGUGGAAAGCUCCUAACCCAGACGCUGGGCAAGAGCUGCAGCUGUUGGAAUUACAAAGAACAGAGGCCGAACUUGGCACCGUGGGACAGCAGCGACACAAGAGAGUCGGGUCUCUCACAGGGGAGCCCUGGGCAAACACCACAUCUGCUGCUGCAGACUGAUGGGGUGGGAAGUAGAGUACACGUGUCCCAGCUGUCACUGUCUUUGCUGGAACAAGAAGGAUGCUAUAGGCGGCAGACAGCAGAACUGCCACCGUUAUUGUCUUCCGUGAAAGUUGACACAGACUCUGUUGCAGAGGAUGAAUCGCUGCCACCUCUACCAGCGACCCUCCUUUUCUCAGUCAGCACUGGUAACAGCUUCCCUGGAGAGAACGUCACAGAGGGGUGGAUGUUGCCAGAUUCAUUCUCACAGUCUGUAAAUAAACUGCAGCUCCCAGAGACUCAGGGAACAGAAACGUUAACAGCAGCAGAAAACAGCUGCACAAAACUGAGUAACGGUGUGUCCCAAGACACAACCUCAGACCCGGACAGUGGCACUCCUCUCACUCUGCUGUUCAAAGAUUUGGACUUAAAAGUACUGUGGCACCAGGAUGAAGACACAGAAUGUUAUUAGGCAGACUUAAUGAUGUUGAAAUCCAAGUUAAGUUUGCUUGCAUGAAAUAGUAGCCUACCCUGCAAACGGCGCAAUGUAAAUAAACACAGCUAACCUCGGAUGCGCUCACACGGCACAGCGUUGUCAGAGCGUUCCCACCGUUGUUGCAUCGUGGA